GCGCAAGAAUGUGAGAAGAGAUGGAAACAAGAGUGAGAGCGAGCACAGCAAAGUUGCAGAAGCUGGAUGGAAAUUAAGGUGAAAGCCGCAGCACAGUAAACACACCGUGUUGGGAUCAGCACAACAAUGAACGUGACAGAAGUCUACACGGGAAUAGUUAACAUCUAUACCCAGGGAAAUGUCUCUGGUAAUGGAAGCAUGGGGGUCCUGAACAUCCCCCCCUCCAUAAACCAAGCCAUUAAUAUAUUCACCAUCGUCAUCCUCUUCAUCACCAUGAUUUCCCUUGGCUGUACGAUGGAGAUUUCCAAAAUCAAGACCCAUCUCUUGAAGCCUAAAGGAGUAGCCAUUGCACUGCUGGCCCAGUUCGGCAUCAUGCCCCUGACCGCUUUCUCUCUGGCCAAAAUGCUGCAGAUGGAUCCCGUCAAGGCCGUGACUGUGCUCAUCUGUGGCUGCUGUCCGGGGGGAAGCUUAUCAAACAUUUUCUCCCUGGCCAUUAAGGGUGACAUGAACCUCAGCAUCGUAAUGACCACUUGCUCCUGUAUCGCGGCGCUGGUUAUGAUGCCUUUGCUGCUCUACAUCUACUCCCAAGGCUUCACCGGUCUGGAAAAUGCCGUGCCAUACGUGGGCAUCAUCUCUGCUCUCACGUUCACCUUGUUGCCUUGUGCCGUUGGCAUUGGCAUUAAUCACUACAAACCAAACUACGCAUCACUUGUCAAAAAAGCUGGCCUCAGCAUCCUGAUAAUCUCCGGCAUCAUAGUGUUCAGCCUGUCUGGCUUCGUCGUCAAAGACAUAAUAUGGAUGGUCCUCACACCUGAUGUUCUGGCCGUGGCUGCACUGAUGCCACUAAUUGGCUUUAUGCUGGGAUAUAUCAUGUCUGUCAUAUGCAGACUCAGUCCACAAUGCAGCAGGACAGUCUCCAUGGAAACGGGGUGUCAAAACAUCCAGCUGUGCGUCACCAUCCUAAAAGUGGCCUUUUCACCUCAGGUCAUAGGACCUAUGUUUCUCUUCCCUCUGAUAUACUACACAUUCCAGUGUACUGAGGCUCUUCUCCUGACGCUGUGCUUCAGAUGUUACCAAGCAUUCAAGCCACCAGCUGAGGACAGUGCUGACAUUAAAGAAGAGGAGUUGAAACAGCCACAGCCACAACCGUUUCCCAGAUGACAACCCAGCGCUGGAGAGGGAAACCAAGAAGAGCUGCAUUCUACCUAACGAGGACGCAGCGAUUCAGUGCCCUCACUGUCUCCAUGUUGUCUAUAUAUUCUUCAUUUAAGCCUGUGAUACUGACGGAAAGAUUGUUGAAGCAUGUGCUACAACUAAUACUUGUAUUAUUGUUUACUUAUUCAAUUCUAUGCAAUGUAUUACAGGCAUUUCCUGC